GAUACAGAAGGACAAAGGCUCCCUUUUGCCAUUCUUCUCUCAAGUCCUCCCACCGACUCUUUCGAAGAGGGCGGUUCUAUGACAAAGUUUGGGUUUGUAGGAGAAACUUUCUUCCUGUGCUAGGAGCAGGGACAGAUGCUGGAGAGGCUUUGCGCCUUGCAAGCAAACCUUCACACGAUCGGGACGGGGCAUGAGGUUCUUAGUUCAGCCGAGAGCCCGGAGCAAUGGUCCCCAACCCUGUGAAAGCCAGAGCGUCCAUUGCAUGUCUAUAUGAUUUGUUUUCACAAGAGAGAGGAUCCAAACGGUCAACCCGUCAUAGCAAUGCAUUUCAAAAUGAAACGUUUUUAAAAUGACAGUCGUUACAUUAGGGGAACGAAAUAGGUAAACGGUUCCGUUGUUCGCGUUACAACAUGAUGCUAAAUGUGUAUUGUGGAGUUCAUGCGCUUCUGCGAGCAACUUCUUUUCACCUUUUAGUGACAGCUGGAGUGCUCGUUAUUCUUGAAAAUAUGACAUGUGGAUUUGUUCAAGGAACAGAGGACUUCCACGGACUUCCUCCUUAUGAAGUUGUCCACCCUCUCAGGGUGGAUUCAGGGGGUCACUUUAUUUCCAGCAUUGUGCCCUACCACGUGAGCCGGAUUCAACGGCGGGAGACUCAAGAUGCCGGGAAGUUGGCUCAGGUUUUCUACCGUCUGCACUAUGGUGGACACAAUUUGCACUUUAACCUGACUCUGAAUCCAAACCUAAUUGCUCCAGGGUUUGUUACAGAACAACGGCACGGUGGCCUACAGGGUUCAAAAGUACGCCGACCCCGCCACUCUCUCUGCCACUUCCUUGGCAAGGUGUCAGAGGGCUCCGUCGUGAAGGGUCAAGCUGCUCUUAGCACUUGUGAUGGCCUUACAGGGCUUUUUAAGCUAGCGGAGGAUGAAUUCUUCAUCAGGCCUCUUGAAUAUGCUCAGGGAGAGCGAGCGCCACAGACUCAUGUUAUUUAUAAACGCAACGUUUCUCAAGUGGAGGAUGAGCAGCUGCUGCCUCUCUCUACCGGACCUGCACUUAAUCACUCCUGUGGCUUCAAAGGUGAAGGACCAGAUCAGUCCAGGAGCCCAGAGCGUUGGGAGAGGCAGCGGGAACGCUGGGAACACCGACAGCACAGAAGGAGGAUCCAGGAGCGCUCCAUCAGCCGAGAGAAAUGGGUGGAAGCGCUGGUGGUGGCCGACCCAAAAAUGGUGGAGUACCAUGGAACCCAAAGAGUGGAGAGCUACAUUUUGGCUGUCAUGAACAUUGUAGCUGGGUUGUUUCGGGAUGCCAGCAUAGGUAAUGCCAUCAACAUUGCAGUUGUGCGGAUUAUUCUUCUGGAAAAAGAUGAGGAGGAUUUAAAGAUCUCCCACCAUGCAGACCACAGCCUGAACAGCUUCUGCAAGUGGCAGAAACGCCUUAACAUGAAGGAAGAUGAGCAUCCUGUGCAUCAUGAUGUUGCCAUCUUACUUACCAGGAAGGACAUCUGCGCCUCGAUCAAUAAACCGUGCGAGACUCUGGGGCUCUCGCACGUGGCCGGCAUGUGCCAGCCCCUCCGCAGCUGCAGCAUCAGUGAGGACACCGGUCUACCUGUGGCCUUCACAGUGGCACACGAGCUUGGGCACAACUUUGGGAUUCAGCAUGAUGGCAACGGCAAUGACUGUGAGCCGAUCGGGAAAAGACCUUUCAUCAUGUCCCCGCAACUCUUGUAUGGGACAUUCGCACCCAGCUGGUCUCGCUGUAGCCGCCAGUACAUCACCCGCUUCCUCGACCGUGGCUGGGGCUGGUGCUUGGACGACCCCCCGGUAAGAGACGAGCUCUCCCAGCACACUCCGCUUCCAGGUGCCUUGUACAGUGCCAUCCACCAGUGCCAGCUCCAGUAUGGCUCCAGCUCUCUCCUCUGCGAUGACGUAGAUAAUGUUUGCAGCACACUGUGGUGCACUGUGGGUAAUACCUGUCACUCAAAGCUGGAUGGAGCUGUGGAUGGCACCAAAUGUGGCGAAGGCAAGUGGUGUGUUGGUGGGGAAUGUGUCUCAGUGGGGGAUCAGCCGGAGAGAGUGAAUGGCGGCUGGGAGUCCUGGGGCGAGUGGUCGGACUGUUCCAGGACAUGUGGGGCGGGCGUGCAGAGCGCCCAGAGGGACUGCACCAACCCAGCUCCUCGACAUGGAGGAAAGUACUGCCUGGGGGAGCGCCGACGUUAUAAGAUCUGCAACGCGAACCCCUGCCCCCCCGACCAGCCCAGCUUCAGACACGUCCAGUGCAGCAACUUCAACACCAUGCCUUAUAAGGGCAAGUUCUACCAGUGGGUUCAUGUCAACAACAGAGUGAAUGCCUGUGAGCUGCAUUGCCGGCCCCUGAAUGAGUACUUCUCUGAGAAGCUGCUGGAUGCUGUCAUUGAUGGGACACGGUGCUUCGAGGGCAGCGAGAGCCGUGACAUGUGCAUCAACGGCAUCUGUAAGAAUAUCGGCUGUGAUUUUGAAAUCGACUCCAACGCUGUGGAGGAUCGCUGCGGCAUGUGCCAGGGCAACGGCUCGACCUGUGAGACCGUGAAGAAGACCUUUGAGGAGAGCGAGGGAUUGGGCUACGUGGAUAUUGGUCUGAUUCCAGUGGGAGCGCGGGACAUCCGCAUUGAAGAGGUGGCCGAGGCUGGGAACUUCCUGGCGCUGCGCAGCAAUGACCCUGGGAAGUACUUUUUGAAUGGCGGCUGGACCAUCCAGUGGAACGGAGAUUACAAGGUCGCAGGGACUGUGUUCACCUAUGACAGGGCAGGCCAUCAAGAAAACCUCACAUCCCCCGGGCCCACGCUGGAGCCCGUGUGGAUUCAGCUGCUCUUUCAGGAGACUAACCCAGGAGUGCGCUAUGAGUACACCAUUAGCAGAGAUUCCUCCUUCGAGCCCAACAGCACUCACCCCGUCUCAGAUUUCCAAUGGCAGUAUGGCUCUUGGACAGAAUGCAGUGCCACUUGUGGGACAGGUGUCCAGCGUCAAAUUGUUCACUGUGUGGAAUGGACCACUGGGAUGGUGGAGGAUCAUUACUGUGACCUGUCCACUCGGCCUGAUGAUAAACGCGCCAGCUGCAAUGAGGAGAUAUGCCCUGCCAUUUGGUGGGUAGGAGAGUGGCAGCGGUGCUCGGCGAGCUGUGGAGCGUCCGGGCUGGCCAAGAGAACCGUGCUUUGUAUUCAGAGCAUGGGCCAGGAGGAGCAGAGAGCCCUGCAGCCUUCUGCCUGUCAGCACCUGGAGAAGCCAGAGUCAAUCACUCCCUGCAACGCACACAUUCCAUGCCCUGCCACCUGGACCACAGGCAACUGGUCAGAGUGCUCAACCACCUGUGCUGGUGGCCUUCAAAGCCGGGAGGUGAUGUGCAGCUGGGACACUGGUGUCGACUGUGACCCUACAAAGAAGCCCAGCUCAGUCAUGUCAUGCUUCAUACAGGACUGCCCUACCAAUGCUGAUGUGUUAGACUGGUCAGGAAGUGGCUCCUCAAGCAAAGAGGUUUUCAAUGAAAUAAAUUCCAUACCAGAUGACAACCAUUUGCCCACGUUUGACACAGGGUCAACAAAGGCACAGCCAAGAGGAAAUGGUAACCCAAAUAACUACGUGGAGGAAGAUUUAAUAUACUCCAAUUACAUAGACAAAACCUCUGACAAUUCCAUUAAAAACAAUGUACCUGUUGAUGAUUUUUAUUAUGACUACAACUUCAUCAACUUUCAUGAAGAUCUGUAUUCUGACGUCGACACGGACAAUGAAGGAAAGAAAGUUCUGGAUAACUCAGUAACACAUGAGCCUAAACCCAGUCCCACCACAGCUGACACUAUUCAGAACAAACUCAUCACAAAUGCUCCUCAAACUACCUCAACCACUUUGAUGUCAAACUCUGAGGACUUCCUUGGCACUAUGACUAUAUCUCCAGGUCAUGAGGAAGAAGAUGGAAGUCUAAGGUCUAAAGGUUCAGAAAAAGAAGAGAAACGUCUGACUAAAAACCCACAUGAGAAUAUUUCUGACGAUGAAGAGCUCUUACUGUCACAAGAUCAUUUAUUGCCCAUCUCAGUAACAACUCCGCCUCCUAAAUCAAAAACACAGUUUUCUCAUCAAUUGAAAGGAUUUAGAAUACAUUUAGGCACUACUGAAAGCUCUGAAGAACCAGUACUGACAACCAGAAUGCCUGCACUCCAACACACAGACCCAGUGAAGGAAAUCCACACCACACUCCAGAUUAACAACUUGGGUUCACUCCUUGUGCACAAGAGCACCGGCAGCUUAUAUGAAGAUGGUGAUCCUAACACUACAGAGACUGGUUUAUUGGAUGAAGAGGUUAUCAUAAUACCCACCACUAAUAGCUAUGAUGAGGGUGUCAGCCCAGAGUAUGGAAUAUAUAAGGAAGGAGAGGAGAGAUACGAGGACGAGGACGUUCCUGGAGGCCCCAGCGAAUGGGAUAACUGGUCACAAUCUCAGGAAACCACAAUUUCUCCUCAGCCUCAGUCUGAAAGUAUGCAUGAGAGUCAUAUGUUUACUACCUCAUCUGUAUGGAGUGAGACCACGCAGGUGCCUCAUCCAUUUGCACUGGACCAGGGUGUCACCACUCAAUUCCACUUAGAUGAUAUCUCUACCACUAAAUUCACCACCACUGAUGGACACAGGAAUACAUACUGGACCACUGCAUCAGAUGACCAGGAAACCUCUCAUGUCUUAUCUCAGGAACCUCUCCUCAUAUCUCUAGACCCAUCAUCCAUAACACAACAUUACCAAGACACAACCUCAGGGCCUGGAACCAUAGUCCUACCUCCUACAGAUCUAAACCCUCCUUCACAAACUCCUCAAACUACUACGUCUGUUGAUGAUGACGACUAUGUGCUAUGGCCUGCCACUACAGUUUCAGAUGGUGUCACCAGUAGUCCAGCUCGAGACGCUGCAGUUUCCAGUGAGACAGAUUUAAGCAUUCCCAGCUCUUCAGAGAGUUGGGGCGAGGUUGAUUACAACGAGAUCCUGGUUCCACCGUCGUUGAGGUUCAGAGGCACUGAUGCUCCAUCAUCCCCUCAAAGUGGCCAUGGUCAGCCCACAACAGCACCUCAGACUCCUGCCACAUCACCGCCAGUCCCUCCUGAGACCCACCCACCCCAGCGAGCCAGCACAGCGCAGUGGCGCAUAGGCAACUGGAGUUCGUGCUCCACAAGUUGUGGUUUAGGUGCUGUCUGGAGGAUAGUGAUCUGCAGCUCCAGGGUGGACUCUGACUGUGACCCACUGAGCAAGCCGGUUCCUGCCCACCGCUGCUACCUGCGACCCUGCUCCGCCUGGAGGGUGGCCGAGUGGAGCAAGUGCUCCAGGAACUGUGGAGGAGGGGAGAAACUGAGGGAGGUUCAGUGUUAUGACAUGCGGGACCAGCGAGCCCUGAGACCCUUCCACUGCCAGGCUGUCUCUUCCAGGCCCCCAAGUCGUGUCUCUUGCAACAUUCAGCCAUGUCUGGAGUGGUACACAUCCUCCUGGGGACAGUGCUCGGAGCUCUGUGGGGAAGGGGACCAGCAGCGGCUGGUCACCUGCCCGGAGCCAGGGAGGUGUGACGAGUCCCUCAUGCCGAACUCCAUCCAGGCGUGCAACAGCCACCCCUGUGCACAAUGGGUCACGGGCUCCUGGGGUCAGUGUUCUGCAUCCUGCGGAGGGGGAGUCCAGCGACGCCUGGUCAAAUGUGUCAACACCAAGGCCGAGCAGGAGCACGAGGCCAAGGCACAGUGUGACCAUGAACCUACCCCAGAAAACACUCAGAAAUGCAAUCUGCAGGAGUGUGACAAUUCCCCCACUGUGUCACUACAAGGUGAACCUCAGCGUAAAUUGUACAAAGAUCUGAUGGCAAAUUACAAUCCACUGGAGAGGCCAGUGUUCAAUGAUACACAUUCCCUCACUGUGAAUUUCAGCUUCAGCCUAAUGCAAAUUAUGGAUGUGGAUGAGAAGAAUCAAGUUCUUACAACAAACAUAUGGCUACAACUGUACUGGGAUGAUUUCUACCUUCAGUGGAAUGCCUCUGAUUAUCCUGGCGUUUCCAAUGUCAGAUUUCCUGCCAACCAAAUAUGGAAGCCAGACAUCCUGCUUUACAACAGUGCUGACGAGCGGUUUGAUGCCACGUUUCAUACAAACGUGCUGGUGAACUCCUCAGGAGCGUGCCAGUACAUGCCACCAGGAAUCUUCAAAAGCACCUGCUACAUAGAUGUGCGAUGGUUUCCCUUUGAUGUUCAGCGGUGCGACCUGAAGUUUGGUUCCUGGACAUAUGGAGGCUGGUCAUUAGACCUGCAGAUGAUUGAGGCUGAUAUGACAGGGUACAUUGCCAAUGGAGAAUGGGACCUUGUGGAGGUUCCAGGAAGAAGGAACGAGAAGUUCUACGACUGCUGCAAAGAGCCCUACCCUGAUGUGACUUUCACGGUGGUGAUGCGCAGACGCACUCUCUACUACGGCCUGAACCUGCUCAUCCCCUGCGUGCUCAUCUCCACACUGGCUCUGCUGGUCUUCCUGCUGCCAGCCGACUCGGGGGAAAAGAUCUCCCUCGGGAUCACGGUGCUUCUUUCACUGACAGUGUUUAUGCUCUUGGUAGCAGAAAUCAUGCCAGCAACAUCCGACUCUGUGCCUCUAAUAGCCCAGUAUUUUGCCACAACCAUGGUUAUUGUUGGACUUUCAGUAAUAGCAACAGUUUGGGUGUUACAAUACCACCAUCAUGACCCUGAUGGAGGCAAAAUGCCAAAAUGGACACGUGUGGUGCUGCUGAACUGGUGCGCCUGGUUCCUGCGCAUGAAGCGUCCAGGUGAAGACCGGGUUCGCUCGGCGUGCCACAACAAGCGUCCACGGAGCAGCCUGUCCAGCGUGGACUUGAACGUCAGCACCAGCGGUCCCCAGGCCACCAACGGCAACAUGCUCUUCAUCGGCUUCCGCGGCAUGGACGGUCUGCACUACUCCACCUCACCUGACUCCGGGGUACUUUGCAGCCGGCUGGUGGGCACCGGCGAAGACGAGGUCCUGCUGCCAGGCGUUGCCCAGGCGUCCUCGGCGUCCGUCGGCAGUGCCGAACCCGACCUGUCCAAGAUCCUGGAGGAGGUGCGCUACAUCGCCAAGCGCUUCCGCGACCAGGAUGAGGAGGAGAGCUUGUGCAACGAGUGGAAGUUUGCCGCCUCGGUGAUCGACCGCUUAUGCCUGAUGGCAUUCUCGCUCUUUACCACACUGUGCACUACGGGCAUUCUCAUGUCCGCUCCCAACUUUGUGGAGGCCAUAUCUAAAGACUUUUUUACUUGAGUUGGUGUCUUCCAGGUUGUCCUUACUCAAUCAGUCUCAGCGUUACUUGGCCUGAAAACCACUGACAAGGCCAGUCAAAAUACAAGAAUAUAGCUGCACUCAUAAUUUGUACACAUGAAUAUUUUAACACAUGAAUUGGCUAACAGCUGGAGGUACAGCCACAUGCAUCUGAGUAUGCAUACAAAGCAUAUAAAAACCGGCUUAUGAAGGGAAAAGUUAUUUACAUUCAGCCUGGGAUUGUUCUUAAAUUUUCAGCCAUAUUUAAACCUCAAUAUGGUAAACCAGCCUAUAGUUUAAGACUUCCCUUUUCAACAAUAUUAAAUACAAAUACUUGUCAAUGUCCUAACACUUCUCUAACAUGCAAAUUAAAGACAUCUUUCCAUUCAUAUCAGCCUCACUCAUGUUCAUGUUCAAAUCACUUAAGUGUAGUGAUUUUAUAUGCGUGUACACUAAUUUUAGUAGUGAAGUGAUUUUUUAUUUUCAACAGAGUGCUAGACCUAUGAUUAGAUAAUGUUUAAGUUUUUUGUCAUCUAAUACAAAAUAUUAGAAUAAUCUCUAAAUGUGAAUAUAUUUCAGGUAAAGAACAGUAUACUUUACUUUUAGUGCAAGUACUUACUUACUCACUAUACUAGCAUAGUCCAGUCAUGACAGCUUCAUUUCUAAUGAUAUUAUUGUUGUUUCCCUUUUACUGACAAAUAUAUAGCACUUUAUAUAACUCACACUUAUUGGAUAUACAGUUCCUAUCCUAUGCACAUAAUUGACCUUUCAGCUUUACCCAUCAUUUAUAAUGCAGCAAAUGCAUGUCAUAUAGUUGUCUGUUGUCUUACAAAAUAUACUGUACAAAUAUUCAGAUUCAUUGGAAUCUUGUAUGGGGAAAAGCUAUCAGAGUGACCGUGUAGAAAUACACUCAGAAAGAGUAUAUGAGGGCCUCUCGAGAUUAACUUGCAGCAUAGAACGAGAGGUGUGGUGUGGUUCUAGAAUGCCACUUUUACCCCUGGCCCCUGGAUAAAUGUACGCCGAUAGAACAGUGCCUGGGGUGGUUUAUUUAUGGUUGUUGCUGUAAUCACUGUUUAGUACCCUACAAAUCACAAUACUCAUAUAGGAAAAGUUUCAUCAGUCUGUAUUGUAGCCGUUUUGUCAAGAUCAGAAAUAAAUGUAUUUUUCUAGGUCAAAAAGUAUCUGAAUAACUCUGUGCUUCUGAUGUGUCAAUGUCACUGCAGGCCAAAAAUGACUCACAACACAUAUUUAAGACGAGUUAAAUAACUAUACCAUAAAAGUAAAUCCAUUUGUGAGGAUUAUAAACAUAUAGCAGAGUUACACCAUCUCUUUGAACAGGAACAAGAAGCUGUAUCACAACAACCAUGAAGCAAUUAACAAUAAACUAAAUCAUCGCUGAUUACAACAUUUUAACCAUUUUUUGUUUUCUUUUGAGCUUGAGAAGAUAAUUACAUAAGCCUCUUUAUACUUCAUGAGUUUGAGAAAUACUACAGCAGGUUUUAUUAUUUAUGAACACAUGCAUAUAAAAACAAAACAAAAAUAAAAACAGAUACAACAAAUUAAUGAUAAUUCAAAAGGUCCUCCCAACUAUCCCAAAGCACACAUUACAUUUUACAUUACACAUUACAGGUUUUAACAGAUACAUAUCUUUAGCAGUUUGUCUAAUACAUAUAUUGCCUUGUGUGCCUUCUUCACAAUUAUCCUUUAACUUAUUGAAGACUUUGAUUAUUCUUUUGUUAUUUACUCCUAAUUUACU